CAAGGAUUUGGAGCUUGGAGGGCAAACCUGGAGCGACCGUCAAGGGGCUCGGAGUCCCGGCGCCCCUACUCCACGCCCCUCCAGGCGGCCCGCAAGCCCCUCCCGGCAGCCACAAGGCAGAGCUCAACGCGCGUGCGCGGGGCCAGAGGGGACGCCCCCGCGCGAGCGCGCGGUGAGCGGGGCGCGCGGCCGAGGGAGCGCGGGCGCGUUGCGGCGUCGGCGUCUGCGCGCGUUCCAGGACGAGGCUGUGUGGGCUGGGGAGCGAGCGAGGCGGCUGCGGCGCCUCAGAGCCGAAGGGACGCGCGGGCCUCGCGCCGCUGGAGCAGACGGUUGCGGAGGCGACCCUGGGCUAGUGGCCCGAGGCGGGAGAGCUCGGCCUGUCGACUGCCCGGCUCGGGGGCCGCCGGCCGCGUCCCUCGCGCGGAGUGGUCGCCGCCCCAGGAGACUCGCCGUGACACGGGCCUAAGCCGCGGCGACCGCGGACGUCCGGACCGCUCGAACCCGUCGGGCCGGCCCGGGUGGGGACUAGCGUCCGGGCAGGUGCCGCCCUCUGAGGGCCGGCCGGGCGCCCGGCGCCCACCCGCACGGCACGCGGGCCGGGCUCGGCGGAGGGGCCGCCCGUGCAGCCCGCAAAGGCCCCCCCGUCCUCGCCCCGAGGGCCGGAGCCCGCGUCGCGCCCCGCCCUCCCGGGGCCCGGCCCGGCCGGAGCGGCGGGAGCCGGGAAAGCCCGCGCCUGCGGUCGCCGCCCGCCCGCCGGGCUCGCGCGGAGAAGAGGGAGGAGAAACUUUGCCUUUUAUUGUUGCCUUUAGUCCUUAAGUGCAAGGAACUCUGCCAGGAGGAAAAAUGUCCUUCUUCAAUUUCCGUAAGAUCUUCAAGUUGGGGAGCGAGAAGAAGAAGAAGCAAUACGAACAUGUGAAGAGGGAUCUGAACCCCGAGGAGUUUUGGGAAAUCAUAG